AUGUCCGCCUUUGAAACCGCCGUUAUCGAUUCCAAGAAGCUUACUAGCAAGCCUGGAUCUGACGAUUUACUCGAGAUUUACAGUUUAUACAAAGUAGCCAUCGGUGACGACAUCUCCAAGGCUGAGACUCCAGGAAUGUUCGACAUCAAGGGCAAAGCCAAGAAGAAGGCGUGGCAAGAAAAGGUCGAUUCCGGCAUCACAGCCGACGAAGCUAAAGAGAAAUACGUCGCCAAGAUCGAGGAAUUAAAGGAGAAGUGUGGAUAUGAUGCCGAUAAGGUUCCUGAGGCUGUUGGAGGAAACUAA